AUGGCUGGCAAUAUCUCCCACCUACUGGCCCUAGCCAAUUCAUUAUCUUCCCAGAUCAAUUUUCAACUUCCUCCAAUCAAAAUCACUCUUGACAAUGAAAAUCACUGCCUUUGGAAAACCACUAUCAUCUCUGCUCUCGAAACCUUUGAUCUUGAGUCUCAUUUACUGGCACCAAAUCCACCGCCACAGACUCGCUCCAUUGCUGCUGACAAUGGAACAAUCACCCAAGAACCCAACCCUGAAUAUCUCGCCUGGAAGCGUCGCGAUAGGUUGGUUCUGCUGUGGCUAAAAUCAACUCUCUCCGACAGGGCGCUCGCCAUCGUUGCUCGUAGCACCACCUCCCACAUGGCCUGGACAGCACUCGAGAAAAUUUUCCAGGCGCAGACUCGUGCUCGGCGGAUGUCGCUAAAAUUGCAAUUACAAUCCCUACCUAAGGGGUCUCUCUCUAUCAUGGAGUACGUCGAGCGAAAACGCUCAAUUGCUGACUCCCUCGCUGCAAACCUGCACCCUGUUUCUGAUGAGGACCUAAUCGGUCACAUCCUCUCUGGGCUAGAUAGCUCUUACGGCGCCUUUGCCACUGCAUUCAUGAUCCACAGUGAUGAUGCUUCUGUUGACGAUCUGGUGGGCAAAUUGCUUCAGGAGGAAGCACGACUCGCUCACGAACUGGCUCGCCAAUCCACCAUCGCUCCCUUGGCUCCUUCACCUCCAGCACCAAUCUCUUCUGCCCACGUCGCCAGUCGGCAAUCUGGCCGGUCAUACAAUACCAACAAUUCUGGUGGCGCCUGUAGUUGUUUAGUUAUUGGCUUGCAUUUUUGGUAA